UGUUACAUCCCUGCAGGAUAUCUUACUGAGAACCAACAGGAAGAAAUGGGGUCUGAAUACAGGCACUUGUAUUGAUGAGCAUUAGUUAAUUAUUCACGUACAGACAAUAUUUUGGAGGAACACAUUUUUUUUAAAUAUAUUUUCAAAUAAAAUUUUUAUAUACCCUAUAAGGAUGUACAUAUAUUUUUGAAGGAAAAACAAUUCAACCAGUAUACAUGUGGCUCAUAAAACUGGACUGUUCAGAUGAGACUGGAAGUUAUGUCUUGAACGGUCAAUAGUACCGACAAGGGAAUGCUUGGAAUACCAUAAAAUAUUUGGAAAUCAGAGAGCAAACGGCAAAUCAGUUGAAUAGAGAUUCAACAUGGAUGCUGAAGACCCUAGUUCAGAAAGGAAAAAUAUAAAAAGCAUGCGGCUGCAUGACCGGAGGAGGAUGUGCUCGCGGUAUCGCUGCCGCCUCUUCGGCAUGACGUCCCUGGUCACGGCCACGCUCGCCUGCCUGUACGUCUUUGACCUCACCCUGCCCUCUCUGUCUCUGGCUCCCACCAGGGAGUGGUGGGGGAGGGUCCACAUGAACCUUCCUGCGAGCAUUUCUGGGACAACUCAAAAGCCCCGCCCAGCUCUGACUAACGUUAGUGAUGUUACUGAUAUUACUAGCACCGUCAGUGUUGCCGCUGUCACGAACAUUUCCACAAACGCCCCCGAACCCCAGUGGGAGGACCCGGGACCUUACUGUGUGGCCUACCCGCGCAGGUACCGCUUCGUCCUGGACGAGCCGGACGCCUGCCGCGCGCAGAACCCCUUCCUGGUGCUGAUGGUGCCGGUGGCCCCCCAGGAAUGGGUCGCCCGCGACGCCAUCCGCCGGACCUGGGGCAAGGAGCGGCUGGUCCGGGGCAAGAGGGUGCUCCUGUUCUUCGUGCUGGGGCUGCCGGGCGGGGCGGAGCCUGGUGGGGCGGAGCUGGGCGGGGCGGGGGCGGAGCCGGAGCGGGUGCAGAAGGAGCUGCGCAAGGAGCGGGCGGUGCACCGCGACCUGCUGCAGGGCGACUUCCGGGACAGCUACUACAACCUGACCAUCAAGACCAUAAUGAUCCAGGAGUGGGUGGCCUCCCGCUGCCCCAGCGCGCCCUACGGCAUGAAGAUCGACUCGGACAUGUUCCUCAACGUGGACAACCUGGUGGCCAUGCUGCUGGCCUUCCCCGAGCCCCGGCGCAACUACAUCACCGGGAUGCUAACUAAGGACGGUCCGGUGGUCCGGGACCCGAGGUCCAAGUGGUACCUGCCCGUGGAGGUGUACCCUGAACCCACGUUCCCCUCUUACCCUUUGGGGAUGGGCUACGUCUUCUCCACGGACCUCUCCAGGAGGAUUGUGGACGUCUCCAGGAAGAUGAAGCCUGUGUACAUCGAGGACGCCCACCUGGGCAUGUGCCUGAAACGCCUGGGUGUCUCGCCCACACACCCGCCCAGACUUGCCCUGUUCAAAGUCUACCAGCCCAAGCCCUAUGACCGCUGUCACUACGCCAAGGCCAUCACCACCAUCCUCGACUCCCCCCAGAUGCUCGUCGACUACUGGGAAGACUUACAAAAGCCAGGCCCUCCUUGUUAAAAAAAAACUCCUUGUUAAAACUUGUAAAAUAGGGGUCAGCAACCCUGGUCCUGGCGAGCCACUGGAUGAGUUGACUUCCCCUCAAGUAGUAACUCCAGGUUGACAAGGAGUAACAGAAAUCCUCUUGAUGAAGUUUAUUUAUUUAGCCACAGACCUGGUACAUGAAUUGCAUUGAGCGCAGGUUGGUCAGUGUGUAUGCCUCAGCGUUCCCAAUCUCUCACAUGUACGUUGUUCUAUUUAUAUAAUAUUGUCUGUUGUUCUUUUCAGAGAAGAGUCAUUUAUCGAACCGAACUUAAACGAGAAACCAAACAGUAAAAGAAAGAUGCACACAACUCCAAACUGGAGACAGGUGGAACGGAUUAGACUUAGAAACAGUGAGGAGGUCUGUAAAUUUAAGACGCUUUUGUUCAGCCAAUCAGGAUGUCAGUAUUAUCAGAAUUUUUUGACAAGCCAAUCAGGUGACCAACAUUACCGUUAAGCUAUAACUGACUGUGAAACCACAUUGAUUUUCUCUUCACAUACAUGUGCUUUUCUGCAGUAAAUCCCCUGUUUGACACAUUUUCAUGUGAAGCAAAAAACUUAACUUCCCAUCAACUGUCAAGUACAAGCUUGCCAUGCACCACCCAACACUGUAUGUUUCUCAGCAUAAUAGACUAAAGAAGAUGAACUUGUCAAAUUAGUGCUGAAAUAUGAAUGUAUUUUUUUUUAUUUAACAUUUUUUAUUGCAAGAUAAAUGUCAUAUAACUGCUCUCAUUUUUGACGAGAGCACUUCCCACUGCUUCUAUCAAAACCUAACAUGCCUCGGUACAACAUUUAAAAAUACUGUAACAUGUCCUGUAACUGUAACAAACUGGUGGCUCUACUCAUUACAGUACAAGUCUAAUAUUUCAGCCUGCACUCACACGCUCAUACCUGUGGGCGUGGGGAAUGGGGACAAUCUACACAGAAGGGCCCGGGCUCAGGAUUCGAACCCGAAACAUCUGUGUAAAUUCCAUAAGCGAAGCCCCUGAAAAGACAGCCUUUUGGUUUUCUGUGUAUUUCAGCACCACUGAUUCCUUGAAGUUCUUGAUUGGCUUAAAAAGUCCAAACAAUUUUGGCUCAAAUUUAGCUGCUGACUGAAUGGAAAACACACACACAAACAAACAAA